GAGCAGGAUGGCAUCAUGCUCUCGGUGGAUUGCUCCGAGCUGGGGCUUUCGGAGGUGCCCGCGAACCUGAGCCCUCUCACCGCUUACCUAGACCUGAGCAUGAACAACAUCAGCCAGCUGCAGCCCAGCGCGCUCCGGCACCUGCGCUUCCUGGAGGAGCUACGCCUCUCUGGAAACCACAUCUCCAGGAUCCCAGGGGAAGCUUUCUCUGGCCUCUACAGCCUGAAGAUUCUGAUGUUGCAGAACAAUCAGCUGAGCCGCAUCCCUGCAGAGGCACUGAGAGAUCUUCCAAAUCUCCAAUCUCUCCGCCUGGAUGCCAACCUCAUCUCCGAGGUGCCCGACAGGAGCUUUGAGGGGCUGCUGUCCCUGCGUCACCUGUGGCUGGACGACAACGCCCUGACGGAGAUCCCGGUGCGAGCCCUGAACCACCUGCCAGCGCUCCAGGCCAUGACCCUGGCCCUCAACCAGAUCUGGCACAUCCCAGAUUUCGCCUUCCAGAACCUCAGCAGCCUCGUGGUGCUGCACCUGCACAACAACCGGAUCCAGAGGCUGGGAGCCAACGGCUUCGAUGGGCUGCACAGCCUGGAAACCCUGGAUCUGAACUACAACGAGCUGCUGGAAUUCCCUGGGGCUAUCAGGACACUGGGCCGACUGCAGGAGCUUGGUUUUCAUAACAACAACAUCAAAGCUAUUCCAGAGAACGCAUUCGUUGGGAAUCCCCUCCUCCAAACAAUCCAUUUUUAUGACAAUCCCAUCCAGUUUGUUGGACAGUCUGCUUUCCAGUACUUGCCAAAGCUCCACACUCUGUCGCUCAAUGGAGCCACAGACAUCAGGGAAUUCCCGGACCUCAAAGGCACCACCAGCCUAGAAGUUUUGACCCUGACCCGGGCAGGAAUCCAUUUCCUCCCCAGAAGGAUGUGCCAGCAGCUGCCCAGCCUCCGAGUCCUAGAGCUGUCACACAACCAAAUCGAAGAGCUGCCCAGUUUCCAUCGGUGCCAGCAGCUGGAGGAGCUUGGUCUCCAGCACAACAAGAUCCACGAGAUUCGAGCAGACACCUUUGUGCAGCUGCUGGCCCUGCGCUCCAUAGACCUGAGUUGGAAUUACAUCCAGUUUAUUCACCCAGAGGCCUUUGUGACCCUGCACUCCCUCACCAAGCUGGACUUGACUGACAACCAGCUGGUCACGCUGCCCCUGGAUGGUUUGGCUGGACUGACACAUCUGAAGCUCCAAGGCAACCCAGCUCUCUCUGAGCCCUUCACCAAGGAGAGCUUCCCCAAAAUGAGAGUCCUGGAGGUGCCGUACGCCUACCAGUGCUGUGCCUACGGGAGCUGCAGCAGCUUCUUCAGGGUGUCCAGCCAGUGGGAGGCAGAAGACAUGAGCCCUGAGGAGGAGGAUCCCCACAAGAGAACCUUGGAACUGUUCCCAGGUCACGCUGACAACCACUAUGACCUAGAUGCAGAUGAUCUUCAGCUGGACCUCGAGGAAUCGAAGCUGCACCCCACUAUUCAGUGCACACCAAGCCCCGGUCCCUUCAAGCCCUGUGAUCACCUGUUUGAGAGCUGGAUCAUCCGCCUGGGAGUGUGGCUCAUCGUUCUGGUCUCGGUGCUCUGCAAUGGGCUGGUCAUCCUGGCUGUCUUUGCUUCCCCCAGCUACCUCUCCCCGGUGAAGUUCCUUGUGGGCUCCAUUGCUGGGGCCAACUUGCUGACAGGCAUCUCCUGCAGCAUGCUGGCCCUGGUGGACACCCUCACCUACGGCCACUUCGCCCGAUACGGCGCCAGAUGGGAGACAGGAGCGGGCUGCAGGGUCACAGGGUUCCUGUCUGUGCUGGCCUCCCAGGCUGCCAUCUUCCUGCUCACCCUGGCUGCUGUGCAGUGCAGCCUCUCAGCCUCCUGCGUGCGAGGCUAUGGCAAGUCCCCGUCCCUAGGCAAGGUCAAGGCUGCUGCCUGUUGCUGCCUGUUGCUGUCCUCUGUGGCUGCCGUUCUGCCUCUCUUCUCCGUUGGGGAAUAUGGAGCAUCCCCUCUCUGCCUCCCAUACCCCAUUCCAGAGGGGAAACCCACCACCCUGGGCUUCAGUGUGGCCUUGGUGAUGACAAACAUGCUCUGCUUCCUGACUAUCACCGGCACCUACAUCCGACUCUACUGCAGCCUGCUGAAGGGGGAGUUCAGCGCUGUCUGGGACUGUGCUAUGGUCAAGCAUGUGGCCUGGCUGAUCUUCACCAACUGCCUCCUCUACUGCCCAGUGGCCUUCCUCACCUUCUCCUCUACCCUCAACCUCUUCCUUAUCACCCCAGAGGUCAUCAAAUCCGUCUUCCUUGUGGUCCUGCCCCUGCCUGCCUGCCUCAACCCCUUGCUCUACCUGCUCUUCAACCCCCACUUCAGAGAUGACUUCCGCCUGCUGAGGCAGAAAGGGCAGGACAAGGGCAGCUUCUCCCAGUCCUGCAGGGCUGAUGACAUGGAGAAAAGCUCCUAUGACUCCACCCAGGCUCUGGUGAACUUCUCCGACAUCGACCACAUGUGUGAGACACCCGAUCCCCUGGGAGUGCGCCCCAUCCUUGACAGCUUCAGCUUCCCCUCCAUGACACUGAUUCCCUGCCAGCAAAGGGUGGGCACCAGGGGGAAGGAGAGGGGCUGCUCUGAGCAUUGUCCCUGCCUCAAUGACAGUGAGGUGCUGAUAAGCUCAGAGAGCCGAGAUCUGUCUGGCAGCAGCCUCCGGAUAACCUUCUUCCCCUCCCCACCCACACCACCCUACACAUCUCACUUAUAA